CUUCUUUGUCCUUUCUCUUCCCCUUCGCACUCUCUCACGACGAAGGGUCUCUUGCACGGCACUUUCACUCAUUCAAACCCGUUGCUAUUCCCUUCUUUUCUCUCGUUAAACUGUGUUAUAUCCAGCAAUUAGCCUAAUAUAUUAUUAUUCUCUGUUUUAUUGUCCCUUGCCACUAUAUACCCUAUACCCCCCCCCUCGUGGCUUGCAUUCCUGUCCCUCGCUUCUCUCAUUUCAUCGCCCCUUCGUUAGUGGGCUUUAUCUGCUGAAUUUCACCUUCAUCGUCGACUGUAAACAUGGUCCGUCUCGUUCCAUCGCUCUUCCUGGCUUCCAUGUCCGCUACGGCGGUAUGGGCUGCCCAAUCUUGCAGUGCGACCAACAAGUGUCCCUCGGAUAAGCCUUGCUGCUCUCAGUACGGCGAAUGCGGCACUGGCGCAUACUGUCUAGGUGGAUGUGACCCGCUUUCGUCCUUCCAACUCGGCUCUUGCGCCCCCGCCCCCAUCUGUGAGGACAAGACCUACACCUGGGAUAACCUGGAUGACAUUGCCAUCAACACUAAGUACCUUGGAAACGCUAGCAAAUCCGACUGGGUGUACAGCGGUCAACCGCUGACCAAGGAUGGCAACCUUCUCCUCACCAUGGCCAAUGGCACCGUCGGCACUCUGUUCGCCAACAACCACUACGUCUGGUACGGCAAGAUUUCCGGAAAAAUGAAGAGUAGCCGCGGCAAGGGUGUGGUGACAGCUUUCAUCCUGCUUUCUGAUGUCAAGGACGAGAUUGACUUCGAGUUUGUUGGUUCCGAUCUUGACAAUGUUCAGACCAAUUAUUACUUCCAGGGAAUCCCUGACUGGAACAACGGCGCAAAGGAGAAUGUUGAUGGUGAUACAUUCGACACCUGGCACACCUACGAGAUUGACUGGCAACCCGACUACAUCAACUGGAGCGUCGAUGGCGAAGUUAGACGCACCCUCAAUAAAUCCAGCACCUGGAACGCAACCGCCAACCGGUUCGAGUUCCCUCAGACCCCGUCCCGUCUGCAGAUGUCGCUGUGGCCUGCCGGUAUCCCCUCUAAUGGCGAAGGUACCAUCGAGUGGGCAGGUGGCAUGGUCGAUUGGGAUAGCACCGACAUCCAGAAGUACGGCUACUACUAUGCCACCUAUGGUGAAAUCUCCAUCCAGUGCUACCAGCCCCCAUCGGGUGCCAAUGUCCAGGGAGACAAGUCGUACAUCUACACAGACAACAACGGACUCAACAGCUCUAUUGAGAUUACUAACAAGGACACUGUGUUGUCCUCGUUCGGUGCUACCGGUACCAACAUGACGAUUGGCGCGAGCACCGGCACGUCUACUGCCACUGGAAGCGCGAGCACUGCCAGCUCUUCUGACACGGUUCCCGCUAACCAUGGCGGUACUGGAAACACCCCGGGCAACUCUGGCAGCUCUAGCAGCUCUAGCGGCGGUAGCGGUAGCAGCUCUUCGAACGGAGGUGCGACAACCACUGGAUUCAGCCAGGGGGGUUCUUCGACGGAUUCUUCGAAGAGCGGGGCCCCGAUCCAAAACGAGCGUGUGCUACAGAGCUCUCUCUUUGCGGUUCUCGUUGCUGUAGUUGUGUUGGUCACACUGUAAAUCCUGGGCGAUUUUCAUAUAUUGACAUAAUCUAUUUCUCUGCUUCUUUUUUUCAUUGCGUCUUUUUUUUUUUUUUUCUUCUAAAAUGGACAUACAUAUACUCUUGUUCCACCAUCUCCUGAAUUACGGUCAGUUUGAAGGGUACUCGAUUAUUGUGGAACUCUGUACCAUUGCACAACUCUAAUUUGACGCACUUUUUUUUUUCUUCUUCCCCUUAUAUGAUCCUAAUGUCCUAUGAUUGGUCUCAUGUUCUGUUCAAGGUGUUUAUUUCUUCUUAGGCAUUAUACCAUACUCUUAUCUGGAACUUGGAAUCUAAAAUUGAUUGUUGUAGCAUGUGUUCUGCAAAUUAGUUUGAAAUUGCAUUGCGAGCUGUCGUC